CCGUUUAAGAAUCGUUUCUCAACCCCACCCUUUACCGCUAUGGUAGGUACCUAGGCCUAAAUACAAUCAUUCCGGUCACUUUAUCAUUUGUACAUAUCAAAUUGUACAUACAACCGGCCAAUUGGUCACACGCCAGAUUAUAAUUACUACAACCUAAACUAAUAAAUUCACGAGCGCGACUUGCAACACCACAAUACUCUACUAGGUCAUAUCGAUGGGUCAACUGGACUGUUUCUGGCCCAGUCUGAAGAGGCCAGACCGUCUUUAGGCAAAUGUCAGAUUUCACCUCCAGCUCAAGCUGUUCCGUUCCCUCCAAAGACGUACCAUAUUCCUUCGGCAUGGAGCCCAAGACUCUAGCCUUUACGGCGAUCGCCAUCGCCUGUACUCCCUUUGCCGCCUUAAUAUUCUGGAACUUCAUCCUUCCAUUCCUAUUUCGUAUAUUCGCCCUGACGGCCGGGUCAGCCUUCGGUUGGUGUUUGAGGAAGGGUUCCGAAGGUCGCCGCUCCUUACUUGUCCGCACCACGGCCGAAAGCGAAGCUAGAUUUAGAGAGGCCAAAGCUCAAGCAAAAGACGGCAGUGCUAGCAGCGACGACGACGAGAGUUGGGAGAAUAUAGACGGGUCUACAGCUGGAACGUCCGGUAACGGGGAGAAAGGCGACAGAGACUGGGAUGGUAUAGUCGGUUUCUUCCAUCCUUUUUGUAAUGCCGGAGGAGGUGGCGAACGAGUCCUAUGGGCUGCAGUUCGAGCUACUCAGAAGAGAUGGCCUAACGCCAAGAUCGUUAUAUAUACGGGCGACCACGACGUUUCGAAGGAGAGCAUGCUCUCUCGCGUCAAGAACACUUUUAGCAUCGACAUCCACCCGCCUACGAUCCAUUUCAUCUACCUCACAACUCGACACUGGGUUUUGUCUUCUACGUGGCCGCAUAUGACUUUGCUAGGGCAGUCGGUUGGUUCCAUACUUAUGGGGAUAGAUGCUUUCUCUCUCCUAGUACCUGAUAUAUUCGUGGACACUAUGGGUUACGCUUUCGUACUUGGCCUGAGCAAGAUCCUUUUCCCCGAUAUGCCAACUGCCGCAUACGUACACUAUCCUACCAUUUCCACAGACAUGCUCGACUCCCUCGACCCUACGACGCCAGUUGGAGGUCAGGGUGUCAACGCCGGGAAGGGGGUUGGUGUUAAAGGUACGCUGAAAAAACACUACUGGAAGAUCUUCGCCGCUAUUUAUUCGUGGAUGGGUGCUUCCGUCGAUGUUGUCAUGACAAAUUCCUCCUGGACGCAAGACCAUAUUAAGUCUUUAUGGGGGCCGCGCCGAAAGCAAAGAGGCAGGGAAAACUCUAUCGCUGUUGUAUACCCUCCGUGCGCCGUCAACGAGAUCGAGCGGGCCGUCGAAAUUUCCGAAGAAAGCGAGAAGAGACGCCAGAAGUACUUAGUAUACAUUGCCCAGUUCCGACCAGAAAAGAACCACCAGCUCAUCCUGCAAUCGUUUGCCGAAUUCGUCAAGACCGGUACCCCUUCAGCAAAAGAAGCCAAAUUAGUUCUCCUGGGUAGCGUUAGGGGCGACGACGACUCGAGGCGCGUAUACAAGCUUCGUCUGCUGGUCAACGAAUUGCAAAUCAAGGACCAGGUGAUAUUCCAGCUCGACGCCCCGUGGUCUGAGAUUCUCCAAUGGCUUGGCAAGGCUUUCGUAGGCGUAAAUGGCAUGUGGAACGAGCACUUUGGCAUCGGAGUAGUGGAGUACCUCGCGGCGGGUCUAAUAUCAGUUGUGCAUAACAGCGGUGGCCCGAAGCUAGACAUCGUCACCGAUGUUGACGGCCAACCUACGGGUUUCCACGCCUCGACCACGUCAGAGUUCGCUGAGGGUUUCGAGAAGGCGCUCUCGCACCCCGACCCCCUUUCCGUCAGACGUAGAGCGCGCUUAUCAUCUAAACGCUUCACCGAGGAAGAGUUCGCCAAGAAAUGGUUGGCGGAGCUAGAGAAGCUUGUCGCCAUGAAGCUGUAAACGACAUUCCUUUCGCACGUUACUACUAUCCUAACCAAUCCCCCUCCCAAAAAUGGUACUACCAACAUUCCUAUUACCUAGAUAGACAUAGAUUUACAUCCGAUACCCCCAGGAUUAUCACGGUGGGAGGCGGGCUCGGAGUUUGUAUUGCCUUGUUUUUAUAUUGCGGUGCGUUGUAUUAUCUCGUUUCAGAGGGUACCAUAAGUUAGGUUGAGCAA